AUGGCAGGACGAAUGAGACAGCGGUUGCUGAUAUUGAAAGGCGCUGCCGGCACUGGGAAGACCACGACAGUUCGUCUCUUGGCAAACGACAUGGGAUCUGAGAUUUUGGAGUGGAAGAAUCCUGCCGGAAACUCGACAACUGGUUUUGUGUCGGCAUCCGCGCAGUUUGAAGAUUUUCUCGGUCGAGGAGGCAAGUUUGGGGCUUUAGACUUGGAAGAACCCGAGCCAUCGUCCACGCCGGCGAGCUCAAACAAUGCCUCACAACCCCCCAAUAACAACGGCAAGAAGAUGAUCCUUAUUGAAGAAUUCCCCAACACAUUUUCUCGGAGCUCGACUGCGCUUUCUUCCUUUCGGCGCACCAUCCUCCAGUAUCUGGCAACACAAACGCCGUCCCUACAUGCCUUUGGACAGCAGAGACGAGUGGAGUCAAUUACGCCUAUUAUUAUCAUCAUUUCAGAGACUCUACUGACGACAACGUCAGCUUCAGCGGAUAGCUUGACUGCCCAUCGCCUGCUCGGACCCGAGAUUCUGCGCCACCCUGGGGUUGGCCUGAUCGAGUUCAACGCGAUAGCUCCUUCGUUACUAGCAAAGGCCCUAGAACUUGUUGUACAGAAAGAGUCACGAAAGUCGGGGCGCAGAAGAACUCCAGGACCACUCGUUCUUAAGCGGCUCGGCGAAAUUGGAGACAUUCGUAGCGCUAUAUCAUCGCUCGAGUUUCUCUGCUUAAAGGGAGACCAAGAUGCUGACUGGGGAUCUAAAGUGACGUUUACAAAACAGAAGAAAGGGGCAAAAGAUGGCAUCGCCCUCACACGUGGUGAAGAGGAGAGUCUCGAACAAAUAUCCCAGCGAGAAGCUAGUUUGGGCAUCUUCCAUGCUGUCGGCAAGGUGGUCUAUAAUAAGCGGGACGAUAUACCAUCCAACGACCCUGCUGAACAGCUUCCGAGCUAUCUUUCGCAGUAUUCACGUCCAAAGGCAUCACUGGUGUCUGUCGAUUCACUAAUUGAUGAGACGGGCACCGAUACACAUACAUUCAUCUCGGCUCUUCACGAGAACUACGUGCUGUCUUGCGAAGGCACAGAUCCGAUGGAUCUUUCGACUCCCAUGGAUUAUGUCAACGAAUGUAUCGAGUAUCUUUCAUUGGCCGACUUGCUUAGCCCGUCUCGAGAUGUCUUUUUCGGUGGACGUGGCGGGUUCAGUGGAAACUUUGGAGAUUCAGCAAGCCAUGUCCUUCGCCAAGACGAGAUAACGUUUCAGGUUGCAGUGCGCGGCAUGUUAUUCUCCCUACCUAAUCCCGUUAAAAGAAAGACGUGGACUAUGCAAAAGGGUAGUGAUGCGUUCAAGAUGUUUUAUCCCACCAGUCUCAAGCUUUGGCGAACAAAAGAGGAGAUUGAAGGCCUUAUCGAUGUUUGGUCUGGGAAAGUCUUGAGGGGCGAGGCUAAUCUUCCGUCGCGAAAUAUCAUGGACGGAGCGAGCAUAUUUCGCCGUAAUCAGACCUCUGGAACCUCGAACCAGAAGCAAGCGGGCACAGCGUCCGUGUCUAAAGACGCCAACCAAGAGGAAGAAGAGCGUGACAGCCCUCCGAUACCUACACUCGGUAGCACGGCUCGUCGUGAAUUACUUCUUGACCGGCUUCCGUACAUGGCGCAGAUUGCCCGUGGCCGCAAGACGGGGGGACGGCAGCGAGACCUCGAAAAGAUUGUUUCGUUCUCGGGUGUGAACGUGGCACCUGACGAUGAAUCGGAUGCUGAUGAAGAGGUCGCUAUGGGGGAGACGUGGGCGACAGACAAGCCGUCCGAAGAGGCUACUCCGCGGAAGAAGAGGAUGGGCAUAAAAACUGGCACAGUUACAGGCCUGCUGAAGCAGAAACUGGUUCUGAGUGAUGAUGAUAUUGAGGAUUAA